AUGACUCGUAAACCACGACAUGAAGAAGAGUUGGAAAGCAGGGAAGAUCAGGGCAUUGCAGCAUCAGAAGAGGCUCUUGAUGGCGCUGAACAACGACUUACACCUGGUCUUGAUAAAGAGAUUGACCAGAAGGCGGUAGCACUGCAAAAGACCAAAUCUUACACCGAUGUUCCACCUAACGGUGGUUAUGGCUGGGUAUGUGUCGCCGCUUGCGCAACUAUCAACGCACAUACGUGGGGUCUCAAUUCUUCUUACGCAGUCUUUUUGGCUUAUUAUCUCUCCAACGACAUAUUCCCCGGGGCAACGCCAUUGCAUUAUGCGUUUAUCGGCGGUCUGUCCAUCAGUCAAGCAUUGAUUGUAUCGCCUAUUGCCACAUUGACGACUCGCAUCUUCUCGACCCGCACAACGUUACUUAUUGGCGUAGUUUUGGAGACUGCUUCUUUCAUAGGGGCCAGCUUUGCGACCAAAAUAUGGCAUCUCUUCCUCACUCAAGGCCUGUGUUUUGGAUGGGGCAUGGGUUUCUUGUUCGUCGGUAGUGUGGGUAUUGCAGCGCAAUGGUUCACUACACGUCGAAGUCUGGCCAACGGACUCACAUCCGCUGGCUCUGGUCUCGGCGGACUCAUCUACUCCCUCGCCACACAAGCGAUGAUUCGCAAUAUUGGAUUACCGUGGGCCUUUCGAAUAUUGGGCAUUAUUGCGUUCAUAGUCAACGCGUCCUGCGCACUGGUGAUGAGAGAUCGCAACAAACAGAUUGGAAGCAGCCAACUGAGUUUUGAUUGGAGACUUUUCAAGAAAGCAGAAUUCUGUGGACUGAUGCUGUUUGGGUUCCUGAGCAUGUUGGGCUACGUCGUACUGCUCUUUUCCUUGCCGAACUACGCUCGUACGAUCGGCCUCACAGCGCAGCAAGGCAGUAUUAUUGGCGCAGUUUUCAAUCUUGGGCAAACGCUGGGACGACCGCCGAUUGGGUAUUUCAGUGACUCAGUCGGAAGACUAAACAUGGCGAGCUCCAUGACUCUUGCGUGCGGUAUUUUCAGUCUUUUGAUAUGGAUGUUUGCCAAGAGCUUUGGGGUGGUCCUGUUUUUUGGUAUAUUGGGAGGUACAGUGGCGGGCACGUACUGGGCUGUUGCCGCGCCUGUGACUGCGGAGGUCAUGGGUAUCAAAAGGUUGCCGAGUGCGCUAAGCAUUACUUGGUUGGUAAUGGUGGUGCCUACAACAUUCUCUGAGGCCAUUGGCCUUGAAAUAGUUGCAUUCAACCAUGGAACCUACACUGGUGCUAUCUUGUUCACAGGCUUCAUGUACAUUGGGGCCGCGUUGUCCCUUUGGAUGGUGCGAGCGUGGAAGAUUGGCGAGCAAGAGGAGCAGUCAGCUGGUGGGGGUAAGAUGAACAACGCUGGAGCUACCGCUGGAUUCAAGAGGAGUCCGUUUGUUAAGAGAAUGGUCAUGUGGCGGAAAGUUUGA